AUGCCAAACUUGGAAACUCCAAUUAGUCAAGAUACUCCAGACGAGCUAGAUGAUGUGUUGGAGAACUUAAAGCACGGACAAGAGCCUGAAGCGAUACAAGAUAUUGAAACGUUGGGGCUGAUGAAAGACGUUUUGUCGAAGAAGGAGUUUUACAUGGCCUUUAAAUUUGUUAUGGAUCGAUUAACUGGGAAAGCAAAGGUGAGCUGUUUUUUACUGCAUUUAACUUUUAAAUUUUAUCCAUAUUUAAUGUUUACAUUAUGAAAACUAAAAAAAUUAGAAAUAUGCAAUGGAGCAACAGCAGAAGCAUUCACUUUGGAUACAGAAUUUGAACAUGGCACUAGCGGAACUUAGUCAAGAAUCUGUGGCCGUAUUAAUUAAACUAGACGUAAGUAAUUGCUGUUCUUAAAAUUACAGUAUUUCCAACGUUUGGUAUAAAUGUAUGCGAAUUAAAAAAUCUUUAAAUUUGUGGAUCGAAAAUUUUAUUUUUAGGCUUUACAAUUGUAACAGAAACUAAAAACAACCCCUUAAAUAUAAGAUCAAUCAAAAAUAACUUUUAAAUCAAAUCUUGUGAUGUCUUUAACUUUCUGCUUGUUAUUGUAGGAAUUCGUUAUCAGUACAUAAUUUUAGGAAAUCUACCGUAACGACGAGCAAUCACUGACCGAAGAAGAAAACCGUAUGAGUGAUGUUGUAAACGCUGCUUCGACCGAUGUAAAAAAUGACUUGAAAAAACUUGGUUUUAAAUUACCAGGCCUUUAA